AUGGGUAACCGAAGAUUCGCUCAGGUCUCCACUAGCGACGAAGAAGACGAGGCGCCACCAAAGGCACGAUCAUCAUCAGCAACGACAAAGCCUGAAAACAACAGCGAGAGGAAGCGGAAGAAGAUGAAGCUUCAAGAAGAAGAGGAGGAAGAAGAAGAAGUAGUGACGACUAGGAGAGGGAGAGGAAGGCCCAGGAAGAAAGUAAGAGAAAAGAAAUCGGAGGAUGAACUAGAGGAAGAGAUCGAGGAAGAACCGGAGGAAGAGGUGCCUCAAGAGGACGCCAAGCCAGUUGGGGAAUCGACAAGAUUUUCGGGGAAAGGAAGAGGGAGGAGAACUCAUUUUAAUGCUUUUGAGUUUGAUGGGAACCGAUAUGAGCUUGAGGAUCCUGUCCUUCUAGUUCCCGAAGAUAAAGAGCAAAAACCUUAUGUGGCUAUUAUCAAGGAUAUUUCUCAGACUAAGGAUGGCAGCAUGAUGGUCACUGGACAGUGGUUUUAUCGCCCUGAGGAGGCUGAGAGAAAAGGUGGUGGAAGCUGGCAGUCACGUGAUACUAGAGAGCUUUUUUAUAGUUUUCAUCGUGAUGAGGUUCCAGCAGAGUCUGUCAUGCACAAGUGUGUGGUGCAUUUUGUCCCAAUUCACAAACAGCUCCCAAAUCGAAAACAAUAUCCUGGUUUCAUUGUCCAGAAAGUGUAUGACACUGUGGAGAGGAAGCUUUGGAAGCUUACUGAUAAGGAUUAUGAAGAUAAUAAGCAGCAUGAAAUUGAUCUUCUUGUUCAGAAAACUCUAUCGCGGAUGGUAGACCUUCCUGACAUUGAAGUUGAGGAUGCUCCUGCUGCUGCUCCUGAACAGGAAGAUCCGACAAAGGCAAAAAGAACUCUGAGGAGAAAGAAUUUCUCCCCUCUUGAUGUGACAAGGGAGGAAGAAGUAACUGCCAGACCUGAUAAUUUAAAAGCUGAAACACCAGGAAGCUGUACAGGCAAUGGCUCAGAGUAUUAUGCCAUCUUAGUAAAGUUUGAUGUACUGACUGGAGAUACCCAUCGAGACAAAUGGCUGGAGCGGCUUCUUCAAUGUAUUCAGUAUAUGUGCAUUUCUCCUAACAGCACACUUGAUGAUGGUAAGCUAAAAGGUGGUUCUGAUGGCGUUGACCAUAAAAAAGAGGAGAAGUCCCAGGGAGAUGCAAAUGGAUCUGAAGAAAAUAGUGCAAAGGGUGGCAAGUCUUUUCCCUGGCCAGAUGCUGCUGUUCUUGCAGUAAGUGCUCUUGAGAAGGCAUCGCAUGACGCACUUUCCUUUGAUUUUCAGAAGUAUAAUCAAAAGUUGCGUCAGCUAGUGUUCAACCUCAAGAAUAAUGCAUUUCUAGCCUGCCGUCUUCUGAACAGAGAGUUGGAACCCUCAAAAAUAUUGAACAUGUCGCCAAAUGAGUUAAAGGAGGGUUUAACAGCAGAGGAAACUGCAAAGAAGGAGCCUGAGGAGUCAGAGCGCAUGCAGAUGACUGAUGCUCGUUGCUCAAGGUGCAGUGAGUUUAAAGUGGGACUAAGGGACAUCAUCCAAGCAGGACAUGGAGCCCGCUACCAGUUGGAGUGCAUUGCCUGUGGCAAUUCCUGGUAUGCAUCCAGGGAUGAGGUAUCUAUGCUAUCAAUAGAUGCACCAAGUUCUGCCAGAAGUGUAGGCACGGCACCAUGGGCAACUGCCAAGUUUGACGAGGUUGAGAAAAAGCUAGUGAGUCCCCGUGAAUCUGAUAAGGCGGCUGAGUUCCUUAAGAAAACAAGCGAACCAUAUAUGCCCAUAUUGGAAAACCAGAGGUCAUUUAGCAAGGUCAAGAUUGAAGAGAAUUCCGAAACUUCAAAGAAUGCCGAGCAGUAA